AUGGCCCCGCGCGCGGGACAGCCGGGGGCCCGGGGACUGCUGCUGCCGGGGCUACUGCUCGUGGCGGCGGCGCUGAGCCGGCCCGCCGUGCCCUGCCCCUUCCAGUGCUACUGUUUCGCUGGCCCCAAGCUGCUGCUGCGCUGCGCGUCUGGCGCCGAGCUCCGACAGCCACCGCGGGACGUGCCGCCCGACGCGCGCAACCUCACCAUCGUGGGCGCCAACCUGACCGUGCUGCGCGCUGCCGCCUUCGCCGGCGGGGACGCGGACGGGGAGGAGGAGAAGGCGGGCGUGCGCCUGCCGUUGCUAACCGCCCUGCGCCUUACGCAAAACAACAUCGAGGUGGUGGAGGACGGCGCUUUCGACGGGUUGCCCAGCCUGGCGGCGCUCGACCUCAGUCAAAACCCGCUGCGCGCCCUAGGCGGUGCCGCCUUCCGCGGGCUGCCCGCGCUGCGUUCGCUGCAGCUCAACCAGGCGCUGGCGCAGGGCGGCCCCUCUCUGCUGGAGAAGCUGGACGCCGCGCUCGCCCCGCUGACAGACCUGCGCCUCUUGGGCCUGGCAGGCAAUGCACUGAGCCGCUUGCCACCCGCCGCGCUGCGCCUGCCGCGCCUCGAGCAACUGGAUGCGCGCCGCAACGCGCUUACGGGCUUGGGCACCGACGAGCUUCGCGCGCUGGAGCGCGAUGGCGACCUACCCGGGCCGCGCCUCUUACUCGCCGACAACCCUUUGCGCUGCGGCUGCGCUGCGCGACCCCUGCUGGCCUGGCUGCGCAACACCACGGAGCGCGUACCCGACGCGCGGCGUCUCCGCUGCGCCGCCCCGCGGCCGCUGCACAACCGGUCUUUCCUGGAUCUGGAUGAGGCGUGGCUGCGCUGCACUGAUGGCAAUGCCGACGGUCGUGGGGAAGAAGUGGAACUCACAGGCCCGGAGCUAGAAGCCUCCUACGUCUUCUUUGGGCUAGUGCUGGCGCUCAUCGGCCUCAUUUUCCUUAUGGUGCUCUACCUAAACCGCCGAGGCAUCCAACGCUGGAUGCGCAACUUGCGUGAGGCCUGCAGAGACCAGAUGGAGGGCUACCACUAUCGCUAUGAACAGGACGCCGACCCACGCCGUGCGCCUGCCCCAGCUGCCCCCGCCGGCUCCCGCGCCACCUCCCCGGGUUCAGGCCUCUGA